AUGAGGAAAGAGAAACAAGAACAAGGGCCGAACGCAUUGACGGGAUACGCUCUCCGUGGUGGGAAGUCCUUCCGCUCACGUGACGUUAUGUGCGGACCCGCCUUGGUUCAGCGACUCCUUUCAGCCCAACAGGCAUGCAGCAUCAGGCCGCGCAGGACUCAUUGUGAACAUUGCAUCUUUGAUUUAAUCACGCCGUGCGUUCACGAGAUGGCCAUAUUUGACGGGAAGGCCCUCUUAUGGGCGAGGCAGUGCGGGGUAAGACUCGAGUUAGGUAUUUGCACGAGCGCAUACGAUCCGACGGAGGCGAGGGAAGGGAAGUGA